CGUCUGACGUCACGGGGACCAUCUCGUUCUUCCUGCGGUUCGAGACUAGUGGGGCUAACUGAGAGCUAAAGGAGCUAGUAGUGUUUCUCUAUCUCUGCACACUUUUAAAGACACGGUUAUUAUAUCCUCAUUUCUUUAAGUGUGUGAUUGUACUUGAAGUUAUUAACCGCCAAAUUCUGUCAGACGACGUUUUCUCUUCGCCCCCGCCCGGAGAACUAGCUGAGCCAUGUACAAUGGGAUUGGCCUGACGACUCCGCGGGGGAGCGGCACCAAUGGCUACGUGCAGCGCAACCUGUCGAGCCUGCGGGUCAAGCGGCCGCGGGACGAGCGCGGUGGCGAUCGGGAUGAAAAGGACCGGGAGAGACUGGAGAGCCAGCUCAACAGGCAGCCCAAUGCCGACAUCCUGGAGCACCAACGGAAGAGGCAGCUGGAGGUGAAGUGUGCCGAGCUGCAAGACAUGAUGGAGGAGCAAGGGUAUUCUGCUGAGGAGAUCGAGGAGAAGGUGAACAGUUUCCGCAUGAUGCUGCAGGAGAAGCAGGAGCCUGCGCCCACCUCCACUGAGAGACCAACGGUGACAGAGACUCACGCCCUCGCUGCAGCCAACCAGCAGAAGAACGACCGCCUUCGCGCUGCUUUUGGCAUUGCCAGCGACUACGUGGAUGGAUCGUCCUUCCACGCCGACCGCAAGGAGAAAGAGAAAGAGAAGAGAGAGCAGGAACGGCUGGAGAAGGAGAGGCAGCAGCAACAGCAGAAGAAAUAUACGUUAAUCGAAGUUUCAGAUGAGUCCGAUUCUCCUCCAAAGAAGCGCAGUCGGAAGAAGAAAAAGAAAAAUAAGAACAGAGACAGCUCAGAGAGUCCGUCCCCAUCUCCUCGCAGAGAGAAGAAGAAAUCCAAAAAGAAGAAGAAGAAACGUGAGGUGUCAGAGGAGGGAGAAGACAGUUCCUCAGAAGAAAAAGAGAAGGUGUCAAAGGAGGACAGAAAAAAGAGUCCAAGUGCGAGUCCCCCAAACGCAAAGGCAGGGCGAAGCAGGAGUGUUUCCUCCAGCUCUGCUCACAGCAGCCCAUCUCCACCCUCGCCAAGAUCACGUCAACGGGACCAGACUGGAAGGGAUGUGGAUGAAGGUAGAAAGGGCAGAUCGCCAGACAGGAGGAGACGGGGCUACGAGGAACACAGCCCAGAAUUUCAGAGAGGGGACUGGAAGAGGCCCAAUCUUGAGCGAGAAAGAGAGCGACCAAGUGAGAUGGAGAGGACCUCCACCAAGAGGAGACAUGACUCCUCAUCCCCUUCUCCUCCACCACAGCUGGCAAAAACCACAGAGAGGGAGAGAGGAAGGAGGUCCACGAGCAAGCAGAAGGAGAGUGAGAAAGGGAGACGCUCCAGAAGCAGGGAAAUGGAGAAAAGAAGGCGUUCUCAGAGUGUGGAGAUGAUGGAGAAGAGAAGGUGUUCGAGGAGCAUAGAAAAUGAAAGGGACAGAACCCGGCGUUCAAGAAGCAAGGAGAGGGAGAGAGGUAGGCGCUCUAGAAGCAGAGACAUGGAGAGGGGGAGGAGGUCAAGGAGUCGAGAGAUGGAGAGGGGGAGGAGAUCAAGGAGUCGAGAGAUGGAGAGGGGGAGGAGAUCAAGGAGUAAGGAAAAUGAGAGGGACAAAGGACAACAUUCAAGAAUCAGAGACAUGGAGAGGGGAAGGAGAUCGAGGAGUCGAGAAAAUGAAAGGGAAAGAAGUAGGCGCUCCAGAAGCAGAGACAUGGACAGGGGAAGGAAAUCGGUGAGUCCACAGAUCGAGAGAGGGAGGCGGUCAAGGAGCCGAGAAAAGAGGGACAAAGGAAAGGUGAGCAUUCCUCAGAGGAUAAGACAGAACUCCUCCUCAUCUCCUUCUCCACCUCCUCCUCCAAAGCAGGAGUCCAAGAGGGAAAGGAGCAAAGAUGGGAACAAACAGGACAAAAAGAUAAGACAUGACUCCUCGUCUCCUUCGCCUGCCCCUGAAAAAGGGAGAACGAGGAGGGAAAGGAGUGGAGAGAGGGAGCACAGAACUGACAGAGAUCUGCAGUCAAGAGUGCCAAACGAACGGGACAACAGGAAGGACAGUGCGGGGAGACCUGAGAGAGAAACGCCUCCUCACCAGCAGAAAAAUGACAGGAACAGAGAUGGACAACCAUCCCGUGACUCCCUGUCACCUGCUACCCGCUCACCUGUCAGAAAAGAAAGUGAGAGGAGAGAGGAAACAGACAAAGAGGGCAAUAAGGAGAAGGCCCGGCAUCUGAACAAGCAGAGGGAAGAGGACCGAGGCCAAGAAGGCAGGAGGAAGCGGGAUGAGGUGGUCCAAUUAUCCUCAGAAAGCAGGCGAGAGGAAUUGAGGCCUGGUGAGAAGGCAAUGAGUGAAAAACCUGAGACUAAGGAGAGGGAGAAGCUUGCUGAGAAAAGACGAGAGAGCAGCAGCGGAAGCAGCAGUAGUAGUUGUAGCAGCAGCAGCGGGAGCAGUAGCGACAGUGACAGCGAUAGCUCCUCAUCAUCUUCUUCAUCCUCAUCCUCCUCUUCAUCCGCAUCCUCUGAAGAUGAGGGCAAGUCAAAGAAGAUCGGGUCACCAGGGAGGGAGAAAGGCAGUCCAGAGAAAGGUGUGCCAUCUGCCAUCGGGGCAGCCGUCCAGAGGUAUAUAGCUAACGGUAAACAGGAAAGCUCGGUUUCUGCCUCUGAACGUAACAGACCCAAAAGCUCCCAGAGGGAGAGAGGAGGAGGAGGAGAUGCACACGAGAAAGAGAGACUGCCUCAAAGAGCUCCUGCAGAGGAUUACCCGCCCCGCACCAAAGGUCAGGAGCGCUACAGCCCCACACAGAUGGAUAGCCCCAGUCCACCUCCAUCCCCACCCAGCAGAGCAGACACCAGAGGCGGCAGCAGGUACUCUCCUUCCAACACUGACGGAGGGAAGGGGAGAGCAGAGGUGAAAGCUGGGGAAAGAGGGAGGGACAGGGUCCCAACCAGAGGUGCCACAAGGUCUAGUCCCUUGGCCAGAAGGUCACGCUCUCCACCCCAAAAGACCUCCACCAUCUCACCAGCCCGUCGCACUCCACCCAGGCAGUAUCAGGAACCCCCAGCCCGGUCCAGAAGAGUUUCUCCUCCUCCAACCUGGUCAGACCGGGAAAGGCAGAGGGAGAGGGACAGAGAGCGGGAGAGGGACAGAGAGAGGGAGAGGGAGAGGGACAGAGAGCGGGAGAGGGAGAGGGACAGAGAGCGGGAGAGGGACAGAGAGCGGGAGAGGGAGAGGGACAGAGAGCGGGAGAGGGUUGCCAGGAGGACCAGGUCUAGAAGUCCGAGGAGGCGCUCCAGGUCCAGAAGUCCAAGGAGGCGGAGCAGGUCCACUUCUAGAGGUCUAAGAAGGCGAAGCCCCCCCAUCAGGGCUCGGCGGUCUCCAUCUCCACAGCGGCGAAGGAGGACGAGUCGCUCGCUCUCACGUGAAAGAGAGCAAGAAAGAGAGCGUGAGAGGGCCAGGAGGAGAGAGGUCGAGCAGGCGCGAGAAAGAGAGAAGGAAAAAGAAAAUCUGCAGCCAAAAGUUAUUCCCCAACCCCGCAGGUCCUCCUCCUCUUCCUCAUCAUCUUCGAGCUCCUCCUCUUCCUCUUCGUCCUCACCACCACCACCACCACCACCACCACCAGAGAGGAAAGAUGCGAGAGGACCAUCAGAGAGAGACAGGAGAGCAGAUCACCAGGACGAGAGGCGGGAGCAGAAAAGUCAUUCCUCUUCCUCACAGGGCCCUUCUAGAGACUCUUCUCAUGCUCCACCCUCAAGUGGGAGGGGCUCGCAGUCGGAUUCUCGUCGCUCUGAAGUGACCUCGAGAACAUCUUCGGCCAGCAGCCAACCAGAAGCCAAACAGUCGUCCCGAGGUCCGAGCAGGAAGCAGUCACCACCGGCCGUCCCUCAGCCGUCCGAACGAACAGGCAGAAAUGAGAGCGCUGUAAAUGGGAAGGAGGCGAGCAAGAAGGCCAGCCGGAGCAGCAGCUCCAGCUCCUCUUCAUCAUCAUCCUCCUCCUCCUCAUCGUCGUCCUCAUCAUCAUCUUCAUCCUCUUCAGACAGCUCAGAAUCUGAAGCAGAUCAGGGAAAAGGGAAGACAGCCAAAUCUAAGAGCUCUCCUUCCUCCUCCUCCUCAUCUGAUGAUGAAAAGGAAGCAAAGAAGAAGAGCCCUGCCAGGACUCACCGGGUGCCGGCCGAUUCCCUGAGAGAUUCCCGCUCCCUCAGUUACUCUCCUCCCCGACACGUGAGAGCUGCGGCGUCCUCGCCGAGCCGCAGGGGUGGCAGCAGACGGUCACCGAACCAAUCAUCAAGCAGCAGGCGAAGAAAAUGAACCAAUAGCAGACACCUUUCUUCUUCUGUGGUUUUGAACUGGACUACAUCGCAAACUUAACAGCCAGCAGUCAGUAGGUCUGAGUGUCGGGGGGGUCUCAUUGUUUUUUUAAGCAGCGACGACUCGAGGCUGGCGUGUACAUUUCUUUUUAUGAGCUCAGUACGAAACCUUCACUCACAGUCAUGUGUAACUCUAGCGCUGUUCCUCUGUACCUGUACUCUUUGUUGCGUUUCACCUGUAGAUACGAGCUGUCUGUAUUUUGGUUAUCAUGUGACAGAUGUGAUUUCCAUUUAAUGUGAGCGGAACCUGAAACGUGGUUAAUUUCUUUGUUGGAAAUGAUUAAUAAUAAUAAUAAAAGGCAAUUGUAAAUUUUA